UUUUCUUGGCCCGAGCGAGCUGGAGACGCUCUCGCAGCCAGGAGCGACAGCCAUCAGCUGCCCCCCCCAUCCAGCCGGCCUUUGGGGGGCGCGUACACUCCCGGCCCAGGCCUCCCCGAGGCCAUGGGCCCCACGCCCGCGCUCGGGAAGGGCCUCUGCCGCGACCCCGUGGCGGGCGCCGCGGGGCCCGCCCCCGGGCUCGCCGGGGAGGGGUGCGGCCGCCUCGGCCGCGAGGGCGCGCGGGCGUCCGGGGCGGCCGCCGCGCCGCCCGAGGGCUUCGCCGUGGACGUGCUCAAGCGCCCGGGGGACGUCCUCGGCGCUGCCCUCGGCAACAGCGAGGAGGGGGCCGUGGUCGUCGCGAUCGAGGAGCGGGGCCUCCUCGGCGAGUGGAACAGGGCACACCCGGAGCGGGCGCUGCGCCCCGGCUGCCUCGUCACGCGCGUGAACGGGGCCACGGGCUACUGGUCCAUCCUGGAGGAGAUCCAGCGGCCCGGCGCCCUGGUGAUGAGGGUGUCCACCAACCUCCCAAAAAUGCUGGCGCCAACUGGCUUCGCGAUAUCGACGAGCUGGGGUCGAGGUUCAUGA